AUGAGCAAUUUGAGUGAGGAGACUCGGGAAGGCCCAGCCCGCGAACGGAAGCAAACGCGCCCCGUACCAGACGAAGCUUUGCCGCACGUCACCAUUAUCCGGCCCUGCAAGGAUGCGGACCCGCUGCUCCGAGAGUGCCUGGCCUCGGCCUUUCAGCAAAACUAUCCCAGCUCGCGCCUUUCUAUAGCGCUGUGCGUGUCGUCCAGGACGGACGCGGCCUUCCCCGCCGUCCAAGAGGCGGCGGCGCACCACGCAGACUUCCGCGUCCGCGUCUACGUCGAGGAGGAAGAAGACGCCGGCGCGACGGCAUCUCUAGGACCAAACCCCAAGGUGAGGAACAUGAGCAGGGCGUACAGGAACGCGGAAAGCGACAUUGUCUGGAUCCUCGACUCCAACACCUGGGUCGAGCCCGACGCGUGCCGCAGGAUGGUGGAGGAACUGCAGGGUCUGGGCGGGGGCGACAAGGCCCGGCCGUACAAGAUGGUGCUGCACAUGCCCAUCGCGAUCAACGUGGCGGCGGAGUACGACGCCUGCGGGGCGCUGGAGGAGGUGCACGCCGCGGGGAGCUUCGCGCGGCUGUACACGGCCAUCAACGUGCUCGGGGUCGGGCCGUGCGUGACGGGCAAGUCGACCAUGUUUCGGCGCUCCGACCUCGAUCGCCGCGCCUGCACCCUGCUCCGCUGCAGGGAGGCGGCGGCAACGCCGGGGCCACGAUGCAAUCACAACGGCCUCGAGGGCGCGGCGGCCGAAGGCCCCACGCGCGGCAAACACUGCCUGAUCGCGGACCAGGUCGCGAUCCAGCCCGUCCGCAUCGGCUACCGGGGGUUCAUGCACCGGCGCGUCCGGUGGAUCCGGUGCCGCAAGUACGAGUACUGGCCCGGGACGCUGAUGGAGCAGUGGGUCGAGUGCAUACUCUUCAGCGGGGUGAUUGCGCACGCGGUGGGCGGGGCGCUGGCGCUGGCGCUGGCGCGGGACCCGCCGACGUGGGCUUCGUUUGGGGGCCUGUGGGCGCUGAGCAUGCUGGGGUGGGCGGCGCUGGAUUGGAGCACGGGCUUGCUCCUGCGGCGGUACUGCCUGGGCCGGCUGGCGGCGGCGUGCCCCGGGCCAAGCUCGGGUGCUUGGCGCGGACGUGCCCGUCUGGCCGUGGUUGUGCUCGUGGGUGCUGCGGGAGGUGGCGUCGAAUCCGGCGUGGCUGGUGGCGAUCUUCUCGGGGAAUACGUUGGUGUGGAGGGGAGGAAGUAUAAGAUGUUGUUUAAUGGCAGGGCAAAGGACUAUUAG